AUGCCUCGAGACCAGGGCGUUGCGAAUCCGCUCUUCCACCCACUACUGUUCCUCUACCAGUUGAUACAAUGGGUCAUCAACACCGUCAUUGCCCCUAAUGCUCCCCCUAAAAACACUGAAUUGAAGCGCCCGAGAAUUGCCAUUAUUGGAGCUGGACUCACUGGCGUGUCGGCGGCGGCUCACUGUGUUGGCCAUGGCUUUGACGUGACGAUUUUCGAGGCGGGCCCGAGGGAGCGUCUUGGUGGCAUCUGGAGCAGAGUAAACGAAACAUCUGGUCUCCAAAUUCACUCCAUCAUGUACCGCUUCCACCCCUCUGUCAAAUGGGAACGCGGGUAUCCUACCCGCAAGGAAAUUGUAGAGCAAGUCGAGCAAGUCUGGAAACGCUACGGCCUGGACGAAAAGACCAAGUUUGGCGUCAAGGUCAAAGGCCUCAAGCAGGACGAACAGACGCGAUGGAUUAUCAACAAUGAUCCUUCUCUUGGUCGAUUUGACGGCUUGAUUGCGGCAAUUGGAACUUGCGGUGAUCCCAAAAUGCCGCACAUUCCUGGUAUGGAGAAAUUCAAGGGUGAAAUCUACCACUCUAGCGAACUUACUGGAAAGGAUGCCAAGGAUAAGCAUGUCGCCAUCAUUGGAGGAGGAGCAUCCGCCGUGGAAGCACUCGAAUUUGCAUUCAAAGCCGGCGCAGCCAAGGUCUCAAUCCUUUCUCGAUCUGACAAAUGGAUCAUUCCGCGAAACAUGUUUGUAGACACGCUGCUCAGUCUCAACGUCUUUGGCCAAGAAACUUUCCUCUCCUUCAUCCCCGAGUUUUUCCUUCGCAAGUUCUUUUACCGAGAUCUGGAGGAUCUGGCGCCAACUCAUGACAAGGGCAUCUUCAUGGGCACGCCAAUGGUCAACUCUGAUGUUAUGGAUAAGCUGCGCCAGGGCAAAGCAGAAUGGGUCCGCGGAGACAUUGAAGGAUUCAAGAAGAGCGGCGUCCAGGUCAAUCGUCGUUCCCGCGGUGUUCCAAAAGACGGCCCUGGCCACGAGGAGCUCAUCAAGGCAGACAUGGUCAUCAUGGCAACUGGCUUUAAGCGACCCUCGCUGGCAAUCCUUCCUGAUGACUGUUUCCAAGAUCCAUAUGGACCGCCAAACUGGUACCUGCAGACCUUCCCUCCAGCACACCCAUCCAUCUCCGCCAUCAACUCCACCUUUGUGGAGGCAAUUGGUACUGUCGGUAACUGGCACAUUGGCAUCUACACUCGCAUCCUCCUCAUGUUCCUGCUUGACCCCCUGACACGACCGAGCCGAUGGUGGAUGGAGCGCUGGAUCGACAUGACACGCACGCUGAAGAAAUUCAGCCCAACGGGCGCUUUUGACUUCUUCACAUAUCUCGAGCUGAUCUGGUGGUUCGUCUUUUGCGUGACAUUCAACCCGUUCCGAUGGAAGUGGGCGAUUUUCGUGUUUUUCGGCAUCGGCAUUGGGAUUCCGAAUGCAAUUGUCGAGCAUGAAAAGAAGUUUAUGAAUGGGGAGUCUUACAAGAAUAGAGAUGAGGGGACAAGCUUUUAG